AUGCAUGAGGCUGAUGUGGAAGAUUUUAGUUGGUCUUAUACGGAAGAACCACAUGCUAGCAGACGAAAUGAGAUAAUCCAGAAGUAUCCGGAAAUCAAAAAAUAUUUCGGUAUUGAUCCAUCAUUUAAAUAUGUCGUCACGGCAGCGGUUAUUGCACAAUUCAGCAUUGCUUGGCUUUUACGAGAUUCGGACUGGUUAUUAAUUUGUUUGCAAGCAUAUUUUGCUGGUGGUACUAUUGGACAUUCACUUACAUUGGCUGUUCAUGAAAUAUCGCACAAUAUGGCUUUCGGUUGUGCUCAUCCUCUUGCAAAUCGUUUGUUUGGAUUUAUCGCUAAUCUACCGAUGAUGGUGCCUAUGUCGGUUUCCUUUAAAAAAUAUCAUUUGGAACACCAUCGCUACAUGGGUGAGGAAGUAUUGGAUACUGAUAUACCAACAGAUUUCGAAGCGCGUUACUUUCGUCGUACUUUUGGGAAAUUGUUAUGGGUCUUUCUC